AUGUUCGCCUUUGGAUCGGAUAAAUUCGUUAAAUUCUCUGAAAUUUCGAAUAAGCGCAAAAAAUUACUGCCUGACAAUCAGUUGCAAAUUGCCUUUGAUGCCAAAGUAAACUACAAUCGCAUUGAUUGUGGAUCAAACGAAAGCUUUCUCGUCACAAGUCUAACGACAGGUUCAUUUGAGACUGACAUGAACCAGCUUCUUCUCGACAAUAUCCACAGUGACUUUGAUCUAAUUGUUGACGACAAAAGGCUUCAUCUGCACAAAAGCAUUUUAUCAGCUCACUCGCCAUACUUUAACAACAUGUUUAAGGAGAAUCCCUCAAUCACAGAGUUUAAUUUAGCAGGCAAGGACUACUUAUAUCACAUCCUUCGCAUCCUCUACUUUAUGUACACAGGAGAAGUGGUCAAUUUCAAGGAAGUUACCAGUCACAUGGUAGUGUACGCUAAAAUGUUCCAAAUGGACGAGUUUUACCAGUACCUGCAGUCUUGCCUACUGGCCACUAUCGACCACUCCAAUGUGAUUCGCCGUUUAAUUGUAGCUCACGUGGCAGGAAUUUCCGUUGUCAAAGCAAAUUGUGUCGCUUUUGUCAAAAACAACUUCAACAAAGUGAUGUCUACAACCGCUUGGCUCUCAUUGACAAAGGAAUGCAAGGAGUUGGUCAUUGAAUUGAACAAUGAAAUUGCGAAUCAAUGUUAG